UCGCUCUCACAGGCCUGGCAGUCAGUCGCUGCUUGCUCGCUGGCGGGGACGUCGAUUCGCUCGCUCCGAUUGCAGCUUCUUCCUGCUCGAGCUGGACCACAGCAUCAAUUGAGAAAGAUAAUACUCUGCUACUGCUUCGACGCCGCUCCACUUCCUAUUUGACGUGCCUGGUCAGCGAGCAUGGGUAGCUCCUGCUGAAAGCGCUGAAUCGACUCUGUUGUCAGCAGAGAUGUCUCCUCCGCUGGGCAGCCAGCACUCUCCGGAGCAGAGCAAGAAGCUGUCCUCGCCCCUGCAGAUCAACGGCUUCAAGCAACUAAACGGUCAUGUGGCCAUCGAGCCCUACAAGAUGAACGGAUUCGUCCCUGAGGACAGCAACAACAGACUCAACGAGCUGCUCAACUCCGUGGUGGAAAAGACGGACUCGCCCACCAUUCUGUUGACAAGGAAAAUCGAGGAGCAUGAAUCAAACGGACACGUCGACAACGUCAACGCGGAGGUCAACGGCCACCACCAGCAGAACGGCGUCGACGAGGAGGAGAAUCUCAAAGAGGACCUGGCCAAGGACAAGUCCAUCGCCAGGCUGGAGUCGCUUCUGAUAGCCACCAAGCAGGAGCUGCAGCUGCGAGACGAAGAGGUGUCCAGGCUAAGCCGAAUCAGGACCGAUGUGGAAUCCGAGGUCCUAGACCUCACCGCCAGCCUCUUUCAGGAGGCGCACAACAUGGUGCAGGAUGCCAACAAGGCCAGAGCGCAGGCCGAAAAGGCGCUCAAGGAGAGCCAGAUGAAAGUGGAGGUGCUGCAGGCGGAAGUGGCGGCCCUAAAAACGCUCGUCAUCACGUCCACCCCGAGCAAGCCCAACCCGCAUCUCCACCCCCAACUGCAGCAGUCGGACUCGACGCCCUCAUCGUCCUCGUCUGGCAUGAAUCUCUUCAACCGAAAGCACCGACGUUCGCCGUCGCAUUUCAACCUCAAGUACGGUAGGGAAAAUUCGCCUCCAGACUCUCCUGUCAAGGAGCAAAGGGGUGGCAGCCCUGCCCACACUGGCUAUGCUCAGCUGCAGCAAGAGGAUUUGACUACAAAAGACGAAAUUGAGUUUGAUCCCGUGGUGCAUAAAGAGUUCCUGCAGUGGAAAGAAAGCCCUAGCUUAGACAGGACGAACGCGUUUCUCUCAAGGAUCUACAGAGAAGACAUUGACUUGUGCCUCAACUUCAGCAACGUCGAUUUAGGCUCAAGAGUCUACGAGGCAGUUCAGUCGGGCACCGUUUUCAUCGAGGCAGCCACCGAGAAAAGCAAGUCUACUUUUCCCAAAAAAUGUGCUUUACUUGACGCCCAGCGUAUUUGCAACUACAGAUUGCGCCUAAGCGAGGAGGAGCAGUGGCAUCCCAUUUCGCAAAUGUGCAGAAAUAGGAUCACUGCCGUUUGUGAUUUCCUGAAUUACUUGAGGUACAUCGAAAGAGGUCUUGUAAAGAGUUCAGCCCAUGACAUGUAUUGUGAGUUGGUGCGGCUAAGGAAGGAAAUUGUGCUCGCAAGAUUGGGAUUGCCCAUCUCGAAGGAUUAGAAGAGUAAAGAUGCUGCCUACCAAACACUCACACACCAGUCAUUUAACUUUUUUAAGAAAAAACGCCAAAGACUUAGAUUAAAAAUAGAAGAGAUUCACAUACAUUUGCUUUUGAUGUAAAUAAAUUCCUGCUUGCCUGAAUGGAAAAGAUUGAAAAUCGAAAUGUGCCACAAAUUCAAAGAAAAAUCGUGUAGAGGUUGUGUUGUAGAUGAACCCGAAGUGUCAAAUCGAAAUUCAGUUUAGAUAUUGAAUUCAAAUGUUCGAGAUUUUAGAAAGAAUGUGUGAUUAUUGCUGUGGUUAGUGAUAAAAUAACUACAUGAAGCCGUUUAAAUUUUAGUCAGUGGUUGACUGUGAAAGAAGUGUGAAUGAUUUAUUUGUGAAAUGAUUUUUGAAUUCGAUAAAAUUUCUCUUUCCUAAAAGAAUCAAUCAAAUUUUAAGAAUAUACCAACCAAGUUGAAUUUGACGACAAAAUCUCUAAAGUCUGUCUUCUUUGUAUGCCCAUACACGACUUCAAAUAAAAUUUUUAAAAAAAUCAUGAUUUAGUGGUAGCUAAAACUUCCUAUACAUUUGUCUUGACAAUUGCAAGGUUACUGUUUCCUGUUUUAGGAGAUUUAACUUAAUGUAUUCAUUAACUCUUGCUAUGUAAACUCUGGUAAAAAAUUACUUUAGCUGAAGUGUAUGAUAAUAAUUGAAUGUUUGAAUGUGUUUAGUUGAGUUUUUGGAAUUAUCAUUCAUUUGAAACUUUCUUUAUUUUUUGCCUCUUUUUUGUUAAUCAUUUUGUAAAUUUUAUUACUUGCAAAUUGUACAUUGAGAAAUAAACUUAUUUGAAACACA